AUGGCCUCGCUUCAGCCUCAGGAGUCGGUGCCAGGUCAAGCACCGUCAGCACAAGAGAUUCAGCGCAAGCUCAGUGUGGCCCAGCGAAAGGCGAGUCUUGUCUCCUCAUCUGCGUUGUACGCUCCAUCCCCCCGCGCUCCAAGCGUAACGAACAACUGCGGCCGCUCGUUUUGGAAACCAAAGUCUCUGCGCGCCAUUUCCGCAAUGGCAAAAGUGCCUUGCGACGCCGUUGCGCUCCAUCUCUUACUUACGUAUACAUGGGAGGCGAAAAUUGGGCUAACAACUCGUGGUGAACAGGGCAAAGGCCGUAUUCCCAUACCCCAGGGCAGCGGUACAGACACCGAAGACGAGUUAUCCAUUCAGGGCCCGAAUAGCAACGAUACAGCCCCUGGAAACUCCAAUUCACAACCUCUCAGUGCCAUCGCAGAACACGCAUUGUCCGGUCCAGACGAAAGUGACGAAGAGGAGGAUGUUGCCGGUGGGUGGCGGCCUGCGGGUGCUGCUGGGAGUGCUGGGAUGGGAAACGACAAGAGUGUGGCUGUUCUGCACAGUGGUUAUCUCUGGAAGAAGGGCUCUGGUCCCAGAAAGACGUGGAAGAAGCGCUGGUUUGUUCUUCGGCCAACCCAUCUUGCUUGCUACAAGACUUCUGCCGAGUACAAGCUACUGCGGUUACUUGAUCUUGUCGAAAUGCACGCAGUGACUCCAGUCCAGCUCAAGCGACACCCAAACACAUGCGGAAUUGUCACGCAAGCGCGGACGUUCUACUUUCAAGCCCAGACGUCGAAAGAAAUCGAAGAAUGGGUCACGAAACUCAACGAAGCGCGGGAAGCACUCCGACGCACAAACCCACCGUCACCCACUCCUGUCGUUAUUGUUCCACCUCCCUCCGACGCAGUUCCUAUUCCAAAUUCUGCGGAAACUAUGCCAGCGGAGAUCAGAUCAAAGUCGCCACCCAGAGUCUCCGUCGUUGUACCAGGAGCCUCACCUCCGUCUGUUACGUUUACCGAGCCCGUGUCACCCAUCUCCACCUCGCGAAGAAACGCUCCAACAGGUAAUACAUCGAGUGAUUCCGAGGACGACGUGUCGCCAUCUGCUAGACAAGCUUCAAGCUCCAAAGAUGUCAAGGAUGUCAGAGAGCUCGGAAAGCCAAUCAUCAGUGGAUAUCUGAUGAAGGCUGGCGAAUUGCGGAAAACAUGGCGGAAACGAUGGUUCGUUUUGACGCCAACAAAGCUAGUGUACAUGAGCAGUCACAUGGAUGCAAAACCGCACCGACAAAUCCCGCUCAGUCAGAUCAUUGACGCUUUCGAGUACAAGACCACCACGCACGGACACAAGCACGGACCUCUGGGCAACGAACCUUCAUCCGCUCCGCAUGAGUCUGCGAGCAACGCCGCAUCCACAUCCCGAGGGGGUAAUUCAACGAACAAUGCGCUUUCAUCAGAAUAUGGGAUGAAUUACAUUUUCAAAGUGGUGACCCCAAAGAAAACGCUGGCACUAUCCGCUCCCUCAGAGGAGGAAGAAGUAAAAUGGAUCUCCGCCAUUCGGGCGUUGAUUGCGAGACGGGCAAAAGAGAAAGAGGCCGAAGUGAGCGUGACGACGGGCGGACACGCAAAGGAGGGUUCCAAGGAGAAGGAGAAGGAAAGCGAGGCCGCCACGAGCAAGGCCGGUGCUUUGCAAGGUAGCGCGACCGACGAUCGAAAGCGACAUGGUUCAAAAACAAACGAGCCACCGUCUUCAUCAAAUAAUGCGAGUCUGGCGACGACGACAACAUCUACGAGUGUCGGUACCAGUGCUCCAGCUAGAGGAGCACCACCUCUAUAG